AUGGCCGACGCCGGCCCCGGGCAGUACCCUCUCUUCUUCAUGGAGCGACUCCUGUCUCUGGAGUCGUCGGAUGAUGUGCCCGCCUCUUCCCCGAUGGAGGCGCAGAUUGGCGGGGCGUCGGCGGAUCUGCUGCCAGCCGGCGCCACCCCCCGGCAAACGCCGGAGUUCAUCUCCCCUGGCCGAUCGAUUCUCAGUAGUGCCAGCGUGACCACGGCCAGUCGCUUCAUCCUGGCACUGCUGGUAUCGCCGAACUUCGUCAUCAUCCUGACUUCGCCCCACGGCGGCGAGCCAACCGUCUCGGUGUACGAGGGCUUCCCCGAUUCAGCCCGGCGCCUGUCAUCCAUCGCCCUGAGUCCCUCUGGGGAGUGGUUGUCGAUCGUCUGCCUGGACUCCUCGGUGUACACGCUGGCCAUCGACGGUGCACCAUCCACCAAUCCCACUCCCGGAGAAGCAUCCAGGCCGGAUGGCGGUACGGUGCGCCUGACCAGCGUGGGUCUUCUCCUUCACGAUCACCGCGCCCCGGCAGCCAGCUCGGACACCGGGCUACUUGCCGGCCGGCCGCGAUCUGGCACUCUCAAGCAGACUUUCCUCGGGGGGCAGGAUUCCCUGCUGCAGGGGAUCGAGCAGUUCCUCCCUUCGGUCAAGUCCAUCAUCUACUCGUCCAUUGACCCGGGGCAGGCGGCGGCCGUCACUGCCCCGCCUUUGCGGUACUCCUGCCCCUUGGAGCAGGUCCCCUCCGCGCCGGCCCAGUAUCCCUGGCGUGCUGGGGCCUACAACCUCAUCUUCCAGCUUCCCGCCUCCGCGGGCGGCGGCUCUCCCAUGUGCUCGGCCUGGUGGACCUCUUCGCGCGGGGCGGAUUACCUUUUGCUGGGAAGCGAAAGCCACCUUUACAUCAUUGACCUCGCUUCCCGGGAGGUUGUCCAAUCAUAUCCGCUCGACCGGCACCCCAUCUCCAUCGAGGUCGUAUCCUUGGAGAGCUCCAACAUGACGGUGGCCAUCAUUCAAACGAUCUCCAAGGAAUAUUGGAAGCACCUGCAACUUGGACACCUUCCUCGGUCGCUUUUCCUCUACUCCAGCUCCAGUCUCCCACCAUCGAGCGUGGCCAUCCGCCUGAUCAUGACCAACAACCGGACCAGCGCUUUGCGCUACCUUCGGGACAUCUACGACGCGCGGUCCCUCUUCGACAGCGAGGAGGCCAACAUGCGCCUGCGCAGCUUGACUCUCAAGUCCCCCUCGCGCGAGGAAAUGACUCGGCUCUCUUUGAUCUUGGUGCACUUGCACAUCGACAACAUUCUGGCGAUUGUGGCAGGCGAUGCCAGUGCCAAUGACCGGCUCUCGCCGGAAAUGUCCCCCAUUGACGGAUCCACCGGGGACUCCCGGUCCCGGUCGUCCUCCAUGUCCCUCGGCCUGGGGGAUAUUGUGUCAGCCGAGUUUAGGGCUGGUGACUUUGCCAGCUUCCCAGCCAGGAGCUUCCCGGCCAUCCUGGACCUGAAGAACUUGCUGAUCAGCCUCUGUCGGCCGCAUGGGGACACUGUGGCCUCCGAUGCCAGCCUCAUCGACAGCAGUGAGACCUCGUUCUUGGUCUUUUUCAACAUGCUCUUUGACCUCGGCUGGAUCGAUCUCCUUUUCGAGGUGGCUCUCGCCUGUGGCAUCAUCCCCCGCCUGCUGGCUCUGCUGUCGGAUGCCGUCGAGCGGCCGGUCCUUCACCCGGAGGUGUCACGCUCCAUCCACAACCCCACGAUCCCGCCGCCAUUCACCACCCAGCGAUCCAGCUACUACCAGGGGGCCAUCCUUCAAAGUCGCCACAUUCGGUUUUUGCUGACACAUGACAACAAGUUGGAGCUCAUGAACCAGCACGCUCUCUAUCCGCUGAUGAGCCCUCUGGACCUCGGCCGCGCCCGGCUGCUGGGCGAGUACUGCACCGCCCUACGCGCCUCCCUCGCCGCGGCUGGACCAAACAUUGCCGGCUCGGCUUCGCUUCCCUCGCAGCUGGAGGUGGUCUCCUUGAGCCUGCGGGUGCUGGCCUUGUGCUUGUCCCUGCGCCGAGCUGCCUUGCGUCGGCGCGGGGGCUCCUUCACCCAGACCGAGGCCCCUGCAGCCAUGUCGGCCGCUUGGCAGCCGGUCGACCGAGCGCUGUUCGCCCAGCUAUUGACCGUGGCCAAUGCCUGUCCAAGGACCGACGAAUUCCUCUCCUUCGAGGCGGCCGUGCACAAGCGCUUCGCCGAGGAUGUUCCUCUUCUGGUGCAUGCGGAGCAAACCGCCGACAGCACCCUCGCCGGGGCUUUUGGGCUGGUGGGGGAAAUCGUCACCUACCUGCUCGGCCUGGAGGAGGCUUCGCUGGCGCUGAACGUCCUCUUUGUCAUGCUGAGCAUUCCCUUCGAUUCGCCGCGCCUGCUCUUCGAGGCCUUGACAUCGGCCUUCAUGACGCACUUGUCCCUAUGCCGGACGCCGGAGAGCUCCGGCCGGCUGUUCAUCGAAUACACGCGGCUGCUGUUCCAAAAGUUCGAGACGACCACCGCCGCGGCCGUGACGCCCGCCUCGCGUGCCGUCUGUCUCCAGGCAUUCUGCCUGCUCCUUUGCAUGCUUUUCAUGCACUGGCGCAGUCUGGAUGUGGCCAGCACGCCGGUGCUGGAUGCGAUCGUUCGCCAGUUGCUGGAGCUGGCCGAAUCGCCGGAUGCACCGGGGCUCUUCGCCCCCCUGCUGACGGCCCUGCUUUCGCUCUUCCUCCUGUCGACACCUCAAGACUUCGAGUCGGCCCUGGGCAGCCUCUUGCCGAAUCCGGACACUCGGCGCCUGUGUGUGGAUGCCUGCCGGGCGUACUGCCAGCGUGCGGCCCCGGGGACGCUUGUGCGCGUGGGCCGCUUCGCCUUCGCCCACCAGCGCCAGGAGCAAGGCGAAACCCGCCUGGCGUCGGUCGAGGGCAAGCGCAUCUUUGGCCAGCAGAUCUUCGAAAGCAUCCUUGUCCACCUGGGACGGACGGCCGACUGCCCGCGGUUCAUCCUCUUCAAUCCGGCGCUGGCCGCCGGAGGGGACCCCGGUCCUUCGCAUGCCGGGACCCUGUCGCCGCUGCACUCGCCCACCGGUGCCCCUGGCUCCGGGGACUUGAUGGUGCUCUUUUCAUGCGGGCACCAUGUCCCGCAGGGGCAUCUGCGCUCGGUGGCCCUCCCCGGGCUGGAGUACCGGCUGUCCAUGCUGACCGGGGCUCGAAGCCCGGGGCCUCAUACGCCCAGCUCAAUGGGCCCGGUCACCGGGCCGGCGGCCUUUGCCGCGGCGCUGGUGGACCCGCUGCAUCGUUUGGCAGCGGUUCCCCACUCGACGGUCCUGGCCGUGGCCGACAGCGAUGUGUCCAUCGCCUCGGAGGCUCUAUCCGAGUGGCCAGUGCCCGGAGUGCGCCCUGGAGGACUGGCCGGACUUGGCGGCCGCGCCGGCAUCGGCGGCCCCUUCUCUGUGCAUUCCGCCUGCCCGGCCUGCAUCGGCGCCUCCCUGGCCAAUGUCAAACUGCGGGGCUGA